UAACGAAGGAGGCCGUGUGGUGAUGUCAUAUGCAUGACUCCAAACUAAGAUGCUCAGAGUAUCUUUUAGCAUGGCCUCUCCUCAAAAUUCUCUCCAGCCAGUCUUUGUUUUCACUCGCUCGACGGAACAUCCCCUCUUAUACCAUGCAUAAAUGGAUGCAAGUAGUUUUCUAGCACACAGCAUGAGAAGCUCUCUGUCAACAGUGGUUCGCCGGAGGAAUAAUACAAUACGGAAACCGCCGGCAUGCUCUGAUUCUGUUGUUGCUGCCGUUCUGACGACAAGGCCAAAGGAAAGCAUAGCUGAAGAAUUAGCAGGAAAGAGUAGUAUUAGCGUCUAUAAAGAUAACUGGUUCGAUCUAGUGGCCAUAAACCAUCUAUCCCAGAGUGUUCAAGCUGCAACGGGUAUAAGGAACAGCAAAAGUGGAUAUGAGAGCUUGGUGGAGGCAGCAAAAGUGGCAUCACAGAAUUUCAAUCCAAUUCAACAAAAAGAAGUGAUCAUUCAAGCCCUUGAGAGAGCCUUCCCAAGGCCAAUCCUCUCCUUGAUAAAGAUACUGCUACCACAAUCCAAAUUCGCAAGGGAAUAUUUUGCUGUCUUCACAACUGUGUUUUUUGCUUGGUUAGUCGGACCUUGCGAGGUGAGGGAAAUGGAGCUCAACGGAAGAAGAGAAAAGAAUGCAGUCCACAUCAAAAAGUGCAGGUUUUUGGAGGAGACAGGUUGCGUGGGGUUGUGCGUUAAUCUCUGUAAAAUGCCAUCCCAAACAUUUAUCAAUGACUCCUUUGGAAUUCCAGUCAACAUGGUUCCUAAUUUUGAUGAUAUGAGUUGCGAGAUGAUUUUUGGUCAGGAUCCUCCUGCUUCAACCGAAGAUCCAGCAUUCUAUCAGCCAUGCUAUAAACAAUGCAAAGCAAAGCAGAAACACAGCAUGAAGUGCUCCAGUUAAUGCACAGGGAUGCCACAGAAGGGCAUUUUUUGGGAAAAGAUCAUUCUAUUUCUGACAUCUGAUCCCCAUAUCUUUCCUUUUUACUGUCUAUGUAUCUAUGUAAUUUAAGCCUUUAAGGUAUUUAUGGUUCUUAUUCAAAAUCCAGAAAAAAUGCCAUAUCAUUCUUCUGCAGCUAAAAAGGUACCUCCAUCCAUUCAGGCAAUGGCUUUUCUAAGCAAGACCAUGCAAAGAUGGUGCAGUUGAUGUAAUUAUUUUAGUUUCAA